AUGAGGUUUCUUAUUUACUCUCUAUACGCCUUCUUGGCCCUGUUAUCUACUACAUCCGCUGUCACCAUUGAAGAGCCCGAUGCACUCGAUAAGCUCGACGAGCUCGGAUACCAAGUCAAGACCAAUGGCGCAGAAUGGAAAAUUGGCCGUGAUGGUAUUGUCAUUAACAAAUUUUUGGUCGACGGUUUCUUGGAACAACUCACCAUCUCCGAUGCCUGGAAUGCACUCGACAAGCAACCUCGACUUCGAAUGCGAGAAAUCAUGGCUUUAGUCUGGGCCCGAGCCGGACUCACUCUUGACGAGCUUGAUACUGUCCGAAUCUUACGUAUAGAUAAUGACGAGACAACCAAAGCUAUUGAAGAAACACGCAAGGCGAUUGGAACCCAAGCGAAAGAAUUUGUAGUAGAAAAGGACGGCGUUGGAUGGAACGAGAUUACUGACUCUCCUUUUUACCUGUCUGUAGCUAAGCUCUGCGCUGAGAAGCAAGAAGAGAUGAAAGGGAGAUCAGUUGUUGCAAUAAAGGUGCAAAGCAGUCCUGGGAAGCUUGACACAAUGAAGGUUAUUGAUAAGCUACGCCUUUACAAUGCUUGA